GCACUCGGUGACCUUUCGGGCCGUCGGCGGGGCGCGCGGGGCUGCGGGAGCUGCGGGAGCUGCAGGGGCUGCAGGGGCUGCAGGGGCCGAGGGUCCGCCGCCGCGAUGCUUCAGAGCCUUAUGAGGAACGUGUGGACGCCCAUGAGGCCCUACUACACGCAGGUCUACCAGGAGAUCUGGGUCGGCAUGGGCCUCAUGAGCUUCAUCAUCUACAAGAUCAGGAGUGCAGAUAAAAGAAGUAAAGCUUUGAAAGGUUCGAGUCCGGCGCCCGCCCAUGGCCAUCACUGACCAGCGGCAGCCCUGCUGUGAAUGUCGGCAUGCUGUUCGGAGGGGCCGUGGACGGCCAGUGGACUGAAGGGAAUCCUGUCCUCGUGGCACAAAUAAAUGUCC